AUGGAUGCAGCAGCCAGCCAAACAGCCACACUGCUCGUCCAAAAUUUGAUGAUUCUGUGCCAACAGCUGAGGCUGCCUAUAAGUUACAAGGUCCAUGAAUGGCCGAGUGAGGCCGUUGUCGAACCCGCGGCCAACGGCGGCGGCAACGGUAGCGGCGGCGGUGGCGGCAGUACGGCCGACGGGGGUGUGGUGGACGGGGUCGUCAAGGAGGCCGGCGGCCCCGCAUCCCGCCAACGGCGGUUCAGCAUGGUGGUCCACGUGCACGGCGACCAUGCCUUCAAAAAGUACCUCCAGAACUUCAGCUCCUCCGACCUGCCCCUCUACCGCGGGCUGCUGCUGCAAGUGGAGACCAACGAGGACCUGUCCAGGCUGGUGGCCGCCAGGGUCCAGCAGGCCUUCCUGCCCAAGUUUGAAAACGAGGGACAGGACACCUCCGUAGCGGACCGGGUGGUGGCGGCGGCCGCGGAGGGCCGACCCACCAUCAUAACCGUGAAACACAGCGGCAGCCUGGUCACGUUGUCGUACGACGGCGGCGGCGCCGCCCUGCUUCGGGCCCAUUACGAGCGGCGGCAUCCCAACGACCCAACCGCCGCAACCGCCGCCCUGGAGCGGUUGUUCGCGGCCAUGGCGUCGAAGAAGCUGUGCUUGUCCUUUGAAAUGGUAAUAGUCACUGGGUGUCACGGCCACCACGGCCAGCUCCCGGCCGCCGAGUACCUCGUCACCACCGCCGCGCACACCCUCGACCCCGUCACCGGCGCCCCCGCCUUCCUAGACUGGUUGCCCUUCCUGGAGCUUUGUACGGAGUACGGCCUGCCCACAAACGACACGUGGGUUGUGGCGGGCGGCAGCCGCGCGGCCGCUGUACGACAGGCGCUGGACUCCCUGGCACUGCGCGGCGGACCCACGGGUCACGCGAUGCGUGUGCUGGACGAGCUGGUUUCGGAGGAGGUUGAGGGGGCGGGGGAUGGGGGUUGUUUGCGGUUGCCUGGCACGUACCCGCACGACGGAUGGCAGGGGACGCGGCUGGAGGGUUUCGUGGUUGCGGCCGGACAGCCCCUGGGGGCCCAGGAGAUGAGCCGCCUCCGGGCAAUCCGCGAUGUGCUGGAGGGGGCCAGGCUGCCGCUAGAGGCCGCCGCUGCGGCCUGGAUGCCGCAAGCGGCGCUUCCGUACGUUUCACCCGGCGACGGCGAGAGCAAACGCGUGAAGGAGCUGCUGAUGUCGCAGAUUCCCGAAGGACUCCAGGACGGCAAGCCGUAUAUGGAAUUGUCGUACAGCGGCGGCGGCGGCAACCGUCGGGUGUACAGCAGAUUGGCUCUGCAGCAGCUGGAUACGCAAGGCCUCCAGGGGUUGCUGGCGGGGGAGCUGGCGGAGGAGGAGUUGGCGGCGGCGGCGAUGGGCGGCGGCAGCUGUCCUUCCCGGGCGCAGGCCCUGAGGGAGGUGGCAACGGAUGCGGCUACCGCGACCGACACCGGGAGGCUUCUGGUUCGCGCCAUGCGCGCCCUGUCAGGUCGCCCCGAAACCGCCACCACCACCCUGCGAUACAAGAAAAAGAUGAUCAUGUGGACCUUUCCUCCCGACGACGGCGACGGCGACGGCGACGCCGCCGCAGCCAACGGCGGCGUUGUGGGCUACAGCCUCAUGACAUUUGUGAUUCGCAACGGCUUGCCGGCUCUCCGACAGGGCGCCUCCAACUACGCAGCCUACGUAGACAACUUGGUUCGGCGCAGCUGGGGGCUGCCGGCGUCGCAGGUGGCGCAGGUGCAGCACUUUGCCCGCUGCUGGGCGGCCUGGGUGGCGGCGCGGGGGGGUGCCGCGGCGGUGGAGGAGUAUCGGUACCUGGACGUGGCGGAGCCGUUCGUACAGGAGUUCCUGAAGCGGCGAGGGGCCAUGGCGCUGAGUGGGCGCCCCGAAACCGCCUUCCAGGGAGUCCUCAUCUGCGUGGACACGUCAGAAGCUUUCACGACAGCGUUACGUCGCGCAGUGGCGCCCUCCCUGGAGAUCAAGCCGGCCAAGCUGGGAGACACGGGGUUUAGCAAGGGGAUGGUGCCAGGGGGUGUCAUGAUCUGGCUGCAGCCCGGUAGCGAACUGCCCAAGAAGCUGCGGGACUUCCUGGCGGCGGGGGCGGCGCCCUUCACCUGGCUGGUGACGGCGGCUCCACCGAGAGAAACAACCGGACCAGACAACGAGCAGGCGGCCAAGCGGCAAAAGGGCCUGGCGCAAGCCAAGAUUGGGGCCAUUACGGCGGCGCUUGGCGCUGACGGCGGAGCGAGACGUGUACGGCAAGUCACGCUGCCGGCGCCUGAGGAUGACAUCGACGGCGCCGUCAGCGCCCAGCUAGCGGCGGAGGUGACGGGAUGGCUGGGUGUUGGCUCUCCACUUCCGCCAGCGGAUCCCGCCGUCGCAGCGUACUUUGUGACUAUCCCUGGAGCUGGCAAGAGCGUGCUGACAAAGGGGGUGAUGACGUUGCCGGUUGCGGCGGCGGCGGAUGGGUCGCAGCAGCAGCAGCAGGUGACAGUCAAGGUCCUAAACAGCGACACGCUGAAGAAGACGGUCAAAAACUUCAACCCCAAUCGGUACUGGUUUGAGGUGGCUGCAGCAGCUGACAGCUGUGUGGGCGGAGGCCAUGUGACGGUGUCCGUGGCGGAUAAGAACCUUGUGCCCUCCCCCCCGGGAAACAUCAACCGGGCCCUGGAGCCGCUCAAGGGCACGGGUGUGGCCAGUCUGGCGAUAGUGCCCGUCGUGGCCGGUCCGUCAACUCUCUCCGCGCCCGCGCCCGGGUACGGCGAUCUGUACGGCGGUCUGCCCGACCUGCCCUUCCCCUUGGAGCUCGUGGCGCUGUGUAUGCUGCGCACGCUCAAACGGCGGAACCACGAGGGAGGCCUGGACGGCGAGAAGGCCCCCUCCGCCGCCACCGUCGUCGCGAUGUUCGCAGGUUUCUACCGCCAUAAGAGACUGCCUGAGCUGCUGGAGGCGCUCCGGAACCUAUUCACACGGGUCGUAGAGCUACCCAUCAUGCGUGGCGACGGCAUCGCCGCCGGCGCUGCCGUUGCGGGUGGUGGCGCCGCCGCCACCGGUGAAGUCGGCGGCGGCGGUAGCGUGCCCGUGGAGGUUUUGCGUCACGUGGCGACGGGUGUACGAAAUGUUUCGGAGCGAGAGAAACCACAGCUGCCGGCCGAGUGGGAGGCGCGGGCUCGGGAGCUGCUGUUGCGGCCGGAUGUGGAGGCGGCGCUGGAGGCUCUCCAGCUGCCCAUGGAAGAUGUACGGCGACAUCUCGAGGCGGAGAUCUCGGCCACCCUGGAGCAGGUCAGGGCCACCGCCAGUGCCGACGAGGGAGCCCUCACCUCGUCGCUGACGUUGCCAGUGGGGGGCUUGGACAUCGGCGACGGGAGCGCCGCCAACGCUGCGGCGGCGGCCGCCGCGGAGGAGCGUGUGUCGUACUUUGCGGUUUCAGGGCUGGAUGACGAGACCGUACGGGCGGCUGCUGGGCAAGUGCUGGCUCCAGAGCUUCACGCCAAGCUGCGUCGCGGUGCACUACACGUCACCUUGUGGCACCGGGCCGAUUCUGAGCAAGGCUUUCGUACAGAUGUACGGCAAUCGCUAAUGGGUUUGGUGGGCAGCCCUGUGCAGCUGGAGGUGACGGAUGUUGACAUCAGUCCGCAGGUGGUGGCGGCGCAUGUCAGGCUGGUGGAUGCGGAUGAAGCCAUUCCCCCCAAGGCCUACCACCACAUCACCCUCUUGGUGGAGAAGGGUCAUACGGCGGUGGAGGCCAACAAGCUGCCCGCCAGACUGGCUGCGGGGGAGCCCGGAGUGGAGCGCAAACCCCUGCCCGGAGGCCCGCUGUUGCUGACCGGGGUGGUGACGGCGGUGGAGGUGGAGGCGUUGCCGCUGUAACCGGACGCGGCGAGGAAGUCGGGUGGGGUUAGCGAACGACCGCCCGUGAUUUAGUCGUGGAAGUGGGGAAUUAGUGUGUAGGGGUGGGGGGUUGUAAGUGCGUAGUGUACGGGGUACGCACCCCACGGCCAUGUAACACACAUUCUAUGA